UAUUCAGAGGAAAUGUUCUUGUUGCUCAGUCAGAAACUGUAUCGCUUCCGCUAAUGAGGCAAAUAUUGUAAACAAAUUAUUUCUUGGUUUCCUACCGUAACAGAAGAAAGCAGCUUAAGUGUUUAAUUGUUAUUGUUUAGAGGUUUAAUAGCGAAAUCAAAACAAUGAAAAUUACAAAAUUUCUUACAGCAUGGUUUCAAAUCAAGAAGACUUUAAAACUCCUUUUGAAGAAAAGUUGACGGAGCAACUUUAAAACAAGUGCCUUCAAAAAUUUGAAAAAUGUAGAACAAAAAGGCACUGACCACAAUUCGCAAUUAGUGUGAAUUCCCCGGGCAGCAACUUCCAGCAAAAGAUGUGAAGACUGAAGUGAAUGAACCUUCUUCUCACUGUGCACUUAACUGUUUCGUAAUUUCACUAAACUACGAUUUCUGUUGUUGAUCACUUGGUGAUUUAUGUGACUGUUCUUGUACUGUUCCACAUUUUGCGCACGAAUCUAAUUGCAAAAGAGUUUUGCAGGCUUCUGAGUCAAUUAUAUUGUUUCUAAUAUAAUUAUUCCCCUCAGUGUUGGUCGCUACUGGUAAAUAUCCACCACUAGCCACCGUACCUCUCGGCUGUGGGUAUUGUUGUGUCAUACCUAGUCAACCAAAGUUGCAUAUGUCCAUAAACCUUUUUAGCCUCCAGGGCGUUUUGUUGCCUCAUUUCAGACCAUGUGAUGAUACUCUUGAGAAUUCUUGCUUCUUAGAUUUUUAAAUAGUCGCGUGUAUAUGAAUGAAUAAUUUUUAUACGGAUAAAAGACCAAUUCUCUAAAGAAUAUCCCUGGUCUGUACUGGGAGUGGGAAGACAAACUGCCCACGCUAAAAAGGUCUCUUACAGAGGAUCUUAAAACUGUUUCCUUGGCAACGAGCAAGUGUGCAUGAGUUACUGACGCUGAAGAACAACUUGCCUUUUUCUUAAUUUAACUAUGCUGAAAGGAAUAACGAAUGUGUUAUUGAUUUAGCUUUUUUGUUUAGUGUUAGACGUACUAUAUCACGGACAAGGUAGAGAAGACCAGAAGACCUCUGGAUGUCACACACAACCCAGCCAUGCCUCGACGAUUCAAACUUCUCCAGCUUAUCGUCCUCCUGACAGGAGUGCUAAUGCUGCUUCUAAACUUGAAGCAUCCCAUAGAACCUGUCACACCGGACCAACCGGACAUGCUCCCUUUUCGUAUCAACGUCAGAGAAAUCCAAGGUGAAAUGGUCUGGCCAAUACCUGACGUCACUGUAGGGCUGCCUAUAAGUCACAUCCGGGACUUAGGUGAGAACAAGGCACGUGUUCCUCUUGUGAUAAUUGUAUCUAGCGCGCCUGUCAGGUGGGAGAGAAGAGACGCUAUUCGUCAGACUUGGUGGAAGCAUUGCAAUGCUAUUAAAGAGGUUGCUUGUCACUUCUAUACAGACGGACUAGUCGUCAACAGGAAAGUACAGAAGACUCUUUUGCAAGAAAAAUCCCUGUACGGAGACUUAGAAUUCCAGCCACUUCUAGGCGGCGUGGAAUUUGGACUCCGCUUCUUGUACCACGCGAAAUGGGCUUCAGCAAACUAUGAUUUCCAACACUUUCUUCGAGUGGAUGACGACUAUUUCGUGUGCAUUAAAAAACUGUUGAACGAGCUGCCUCUGCGCCCAAAAGAGAAUCUCAUUUGGGGAAAUUUCCACUGUGAAGCAAACACUUCCUGGAUUGACGAAUCAUGGAUGCUUUUCUCACGUGACGUCGUCGGCAAAUUUCUGAACCAAGACGCGCGCAUGAUGCUGUGCCAUCCACACGCUGACCAGCAGAUCGCCAUGUGGCUCAACAAUAUUUCGAGUCGGUUGUAUUUUCAUGAUGAAAGGUUGAAUCAUGUGGUACCUGACUCGUUUGAUUGGCAGGCGAGGAACGUUUGUGAUGCAUACAUGGGCAUUCAUCGUGCAUUCGCCAAGCGCAUGCUCCAGCUGGGAGAGGUCAGCGGAGAUGGCUCUAAAUCGGUGCCUGCUGUUGCUAACUACACGGAGCAUUGUGAAUAUGACACGUUUGACUACACGAAGCUACACAAGAAUUACUUCUACGAACCUAAACCUUGUGUUGAGAAUGCAUUAUGGGUGAAACAUCACCGUUUGUGGAUAGGAGAGGAAGGGAGGAAAAGAGGUUGGAUUUGAAAACUCGAAAAUGAGAACCUUGCGAAACAUCCUUGUCCCCAGAAGCCGCGCUUCGUUUGGUCAGCACCAAGAAUCGCGACCUCUGGGAGGGUCCAACACCGGAAGUCCGCGAUUCACGGACUUCC